CUCAUAUAUACAUAAACACACACACACAUACACACACACUCACGCACACAUACACACACACAUGCUCACGCACACACGCGCCCACUCAAUCCAUCAGAGCCCGACAUACCUGUGCAGGCUGGGGGGGCGCGGCGCUGGAGGGGGCUCUCGGCGGCGGCGGCGGCUCUGAGGGUGCUGUGCCAUCAUUUGGGGGAAGAAGCGGGUCUCAAUUGUUUCCUCUUUCCUCUUCCUCUCAUUCCUGGAAUGCUAAAACUGGACUGAUGGACAUUUCAGAACUUUGUCUUCCAGACCCUCUCAGCUAUCAUAACCAGGCUUUGUUAUCCAAUUCAUUAGAGAGAUUCCUGAGUCCACUGGCCACGCUGGAGCCCUCUCAUUUCUGGCUGCUGAAUAGGAUGGCCGCUGAUGACCGGCACCUACCCUCCAGCUGUGGGUCCUACAUCAAGACGGAGCCGUCCAGCCCCUCCUCGGUCAUCGACACGGUCAGCCACCACAGCCCCAGCGGCAACUCGGACGCCAGCGGCGGCUAUGUCAGCGCCAUGAACAGCCACUCCAACGGCCUGGACUCCCCGCCCAUGUUCACCCCCGGCGGGCUCGGGGCCGGCACCUGCCGCAAGCGCUACGACGACUGCUCCAGCACCAUCAUGGAGGACUCGUCCAUAAAGUGCGAAUACAUGUUGAACUCCCUCCCCAAGAGGCUGUGCCUGGUCUGUGGAGAUAUAGCCUCGGGGUAUCACUAUGGGGUGGCCUCUUGUGAGGCCUGCAAGGCCUUUUUUAAAAGGACGAUACAAGGAAACAUAGAAUACAGCUGUCCCGCCACAAACGAAUGUGAGAUCACAAAACGGAGACGCAAGUCGUGUCAGGCCUGUCGCUUCAUGAAAUGCCUCAAAGUGGGGAUGCUCAAGGAAGGGGUCCGUCUGGACCGCGUGCGAGGGGGCAGACAGAAGUACAAGCGGAGGCUGGACACAGAAAAUAACCCGUACCUGGGCUUGACGCUCCCCCCUCCCACCAAAAAGCCUCUCACAAAGAUAGUGUCUCACCUGUUGGUGGCAGAGCCGGAGAAGAUCUACGCCAUGCCCGACCCCACCAUGCCGGAGAGCGACAUCAAGGCUCUGACCACGCUGUGCGACCUGGCCGACCGCGAGCUGGUGGUCAUCAUCGGCUGGGCCAAGCACAUCCCAGGCUUCUCCACCCUGUCCCUGGGAGACCAGAUGAGUCUACUGCAGAGCGCCUGGAUGGAGAUCCUCAUCCUCAGCAUCGUGUUCCGCUCGCUGCCGUACGAGGACGAGCUGGUCUACGCCGAGGACUACAUCAUGGACGAGGAGCACUCGCGGCUGACGGGCCUGCUCGACCUCUACGUCUCCAUCCUGCAGCUGGUCCGCAAGUACAAGAAGCUCAAAGUGGAGAAGGAGGAGUUCGUCACCUUGAAAGCCAUCGCUCUCGCCAACUCAGACUCCAUGCACAUAGAGGACAUGGAGGCGGUCCAGAAGCUCCAGGACGCUCUCCACGAGGCCCUGCAGGACUACGAGAGCAGCCAGCACCAGGAGGACCCGCGGCGGGCCGGCAAACUGCUCAUGACCCUGCCCCUGCUGAGGCAGACGGCCACCAAGGCCGUGCAGCACUUUUACAGCAUCAAGGUGCAGGGGAAGGUGCCCAUGCACAAACUCUUCCUGGAGAUGCUGGAGGCCAAGGUCUGAUCGGAGGGGGGUGCGGCACCGAAGCAGAGGGCUGCGUUGAUGAACCCGGGGCCGAGGGUUCUGUGGAGAGGGAGACGCCGGACAAGAGAACGGACCGCUCUCACUCCUCCUCCUCCUGGAACC